AUUUUUCCGAUUAUUUACCGAUUUAUUCGGGUUUUCUUUUCGGGAAUCGGUGAGGGGAUGUUUUUAGUUUUAGAAAAUCCGGUUUUAUUUAAUACCCCGUACGUUUAUACUUGAAGUUUUAACGAAAAUUAUUGUACAAGAUGCCAGAGAGUGGGGAUGAAACGGAUAAAUCUGGAUCAGGAAGUCAAAGUUCUUCAGACAGUGAGCAAAAUUCUGGGUCCGACAGUGGUUCAAGUAGCUCCAGCUCAGGUUCCGGUUCAGAGAGUGGAGGUGAGAAUGACGCUUCUGAAAAAGAGACGUCCAAGGUAUCUUUAGAAACUAACGAGGAGAGUCAAGAUGGGUCAACUUUCAGCCCGGGUUCUAUUGAUAAGUCCAAAUCUGAGUCAUCCAAGGAUAAUUUGUCAGAGGCUGGCCAAGAAGAAGACGAGGAAGAAGAAGAUUAUGAAAAUGAAGAACCAAUCCGAAGAUCAGGCAGAUCCAGACGUGAGCCAGAAAGGUUAGAGGACGUGAGUGGCAUAAAAGCAAAUAACGACGAAUGGAAAUAUAAUGACGCAAGUUCUUCUUCUGAAUCGGACGUAGAACGUGAGCGUCCGCCGCCUAGUAAAAGGGUCGGUACUCGUACACGAACAGCUGUACACCAAAAAAAGAGACCCAGUAGAAAACCGCGGAGUCGAUAUAGUUCAGACGAAUCGACCGAAGGCGAUUCCGACGACGAUAGACGUCGCGUUGUUUCCAGGCGAAAUGCCGCCACCGUUAGUUAUAAGGAAGAUAGUGAGGAAAAGACAGAUUCCGAAGAUUUAAUAGAUGUAGAUCAAAGUCAAGAAACCGAGUCUGUGAUAGAAGAAAAAUGUGAGACUAUUGAGAGGGUUUUAGGACAAAGGCGGGGGAAGAAGGGGGCAACUGGUAAUAUCACCACUUGCUACUAUAUUGAGGAACAUGGGGAUCCAAACGAGGGAGUUGAUCCGGAUGACCAAGAAAAUACCGAGCAGCAGUACCUGAUUAAAUGGAAAGACUGGGCGCAUAUCCACAACACGUGGGAGUCCGAUCAGUCUUUAAAAGACCAGAAAGUAAAGGGCAUGAAAAAGUUAGAGAAUUUUAUUAAGAAAGAAUCGGAAAUCCAAAGGUGGAUGAGGUACUCGACUCCGGAAGAUGUCGAGUAUUAUGAGUGCCAGUUAGAGUUAUCUCAAGAAUUAUUAAAAAGCUAUAAUCAGGUUGAAAGGAUUAUAGCAAAAUUUAAUAAACCUGACGAAACCGGAGGAGUAGACUAUUACAUAAAAUGGGAGAGUCUUCCCUAUGCAGAAUCCACUUGGGAGGAUUCGAACUUGAUCCAGAAAAAAUGGCCUCAAAAGAUAGAAGAGUUUCAGGAGAGGGAGCAAUCCUCAAAAACGCCUACCAAGCAUUGUAAAGUAUUAAAAUACCGGCCAAAGUUCCAUGAAGUUAAAGAGCAGCCUGAAUAUAUGAUGGGCAAAGAGAAGAGUCUGAUAUUGCGAGAUUACCAGCUGCACGGCUUGAACUGGAUGAUUCACUCUUGGACGAAACAAAACUCUUGUAUAUUAGCAGAUGAAAUGGGUUUAGGUAAAACUAUCCAGACCAUUUGCUUCCUGUAUUACUUAUUCAACAGUCAUCACCUUCACGGUCCCUUUUUGUGCGUCGUCCCUUUGUCCACCAUGACGUCGUGGCAAAGGGAGUUUGCCCAGUGGGCCCCUGAUAUGAACUUUGUCACUUACCUUGGAGAUGUACAGUCCAGAGAAAUUAUCCGCCAAUACGAGUGGUGUUACGAGGGGUCAAAGCGUCUAAAGUUCAACGCCAUCCUGACCACCUACGAAAUAGUGCUUAAAGAUAAAACUUUUUUAGGAAGUAUAAGUUGGGCUGCUCUUCUAGUCGAUGAGGCUCAUAGAUUAAAAAAUGAUGACUCGCUCUUGUAUAAGGCCCUUAUGGAAUUCGACACGAAUCAUAGACUGUUAAUUACUGGCACUCCUUUGCAAAAUAGUUUAAAAGAACUGUGGGCGUUACUUCAUUUUAUUAUGCCCAACAAGUUUGAGAGUUAUGAAGAGUUCGAUAAGGAUCACGAGCAUGCCUCAACAAAGGGAUAUGCAAAAUUACACAGACAGCUAGAGCCUUUUAUCCUCAGGAGGGUAAAAAAAGAUGUCGAAAAAUCCUUGCCAGCUAAAGUAGAACAGAUUUUAAGGGUUGAAAUGACGUCCAUACAAAAGCAAUAUUACAAGUGGAUUCUGACAAAAAACUAUAACGCUUUAAGAAAGGGCGUCAAGGGUUGCACCACUUCGUUCCUCAAUAUCGUGAUCGAACUGAAGAAGUGUUGCAAUCACGCCUUUUUAACUAAACCAGUGGAGGCCGAAGCUCAAAACAAUCAGCAAGACAAACUGACCAAUUUGCUAAGAGGAUCUGGCAAAUUAGUGCUGUUAGAUAAGUUAUUAAUAAGGUUAAAAGAGACGGGACAUCGUGUGCUAAUAUUUUCCCAAAUGGUGCGUAUGCUGGACAUUUUAGGGGAGUACUUACAGUUGCGACAUUUUUCGUUUCAACGACUAGAUGGUAGCAUCAAAGGUGACAUCAGGCGACAAGCGCUAGAUCACUUUAACGCUGAGAAUUCUCCGGAUUUUUGUUUUUUGCUUUCAACACGUGCAGGUGGUUUGGGUAUUAAUUUAGCCACUGCGGAUACUGUGAUUAUUUUCGAUUCCGAUUGGAAUCCGCAGAAUGAUUUACAAGCACAAGCCAGAGCCCACAGAAUCGGCCAGAAAAACCAAGUGAAUAUUUAUAGGUUAGUUACCGCUAGGAGUGUCGAGGAGGAAAUUGUCGAGCGAGCAAAACAAAAAAUGGUCUUGGACCAUUUAAUUAUUCAAAGGAUGGACACCACUGGCAGAACGGUGUUGGAUAAAAAGGGCUCGUCUAACAACAACCCUUUCAAUAAAGAAGAUCUGACGGCCAUUUUGAAGUUUGGGGCAGAAGAACUUUUUAAAGAUGAGGAUGUGGAUGAGGAGCCUACCUGUGACAUUGAUGAAAUCCUAAGGAGAGCCGAGACUAGAGACGAAGCCCCUACAAUGGCCGGUGAUGAGCUUCUCUCUGCAUUUAAAGUAGCCAGUUUUGCAGCUUUUGACGAGGAUGCCGAGCCUUCUCCAGUUCCAAAUAACUCGCAUGAUAACGAUGAUGAAAGUAAAGAUUGGGACGAAAUAAUACCGGAAAACCUCCGCAAGAAAGUCGAGGAGGAAGCGAAAAACAAAGAGAUGGAAGAUUUGUACUUGCCUCCAAGAAGUCGGAAGACUUUACAGCAAAUAAACCAAUCUGAAAGUGACGGGGAGGGUGGUAAAAGUAAAUCGAAUAGGAAAAAAGAAAAUGAUGAAUCGGGAGGUACUAGUGGUGAAGGCGAGGAAUCUGAUGAAGAUCGGCCGAAGAAACGAGGACGUCGGCCAAUUGGAAACAGGGAGAAAAUUAAAAACUUCACCGAUGCUGAGAUCCGCCGAUUUGUCAAGAGUUAUAAAAAGUUCAGUGCGCCACUGAAGCGUUUGGAAGCAGUUGCCUGUGAUGCCGAACUUCAAGAGAAACCUUUAACUGAAUUAAAGAAACUUGGUGAAAUGCUUCAUGAACGUUGCAUCGCUUUUAUGAACGAACAGACUAAGGAAAACAACGAUGCCAAUAACGCUGAUAGUCAGAAUAAAAAAAGGUUAAGAGGCCCCUCUUUUAAAAUGGGAGGCGUAUCCGUCAAUGCCAAAACCAUGAUGCAAUGCAUUGAAGAGUUGGCACCCUUAGAUGAAGUAUUGCCAUCAAGUGAGGAAGAACGAAAUAAAUGGACGUUCGAUUCGAGAACCAAGCCUGCGCACUUCGAUGUUGAUUGGGGUAGCGAAGAAGACACUAAAUUGCUUAAAGGAAUAUACACCUACGGCAUCGGUUCUUGGGAGCAAAUAAAGCUCGAUCCAUCCCUGAAUAUUGGCGACAAAAUACUCCUUAACGAAGAUAAGAAACCACAAGCAAAACACUUGCACUCAAGGGCAGAAUAUCUCUUGAAACUCUUAAAAAAGCAAUUGGAUCCAACAAAGAAAACUGCUCAGAAACCAAAAAGGCAAAGAAAAGCGAGAGAAGUCAAGGACCCGAAAUCUAAACAAACCAUAGAAAACGAUUCCAGUUCGAAUGAUGAAUCACCCGCGAUUCAGAGCAGCCAAAGCACAAACAGUUUAAACAGUAUAAAAAAGAAAUCCCAUAAGGAAGCAAAAAAAGAGCUCACAAAUGACAAGGAAUCCCCUGAUGAGCACGUAGUCAAAAAGGAGAAAAAGAAAGUAAAAAAAGAGAAAAAAUCAGCGGGCCCCAUGCACUUUACGGCAAAUAACGAGCCGAAAGCUAUUAACGUCACAGGGGAGUUAGACCCAGCGAUAUUUAACGAAUGCAAAGAGAAAAUGCGCCCAGUGAAGAAAGCUUUGAAGGCCUUAAAUAAUCCUGAUCAGUCUAUGACGGAAGCGGAACAAGUACAACAUACUAGGGAUUGUCUUAUUAAAAUCGGAGAGCAAAUUAGCACGAUUUUAGGGCAACAUUCUGAUCCAGAAAAAAUUAAAGAGUGGAGAAGCAACCUGUGGUACUUCGUGUCGAAAUUCACGGAAUACGACGCGAAGAAGCUGUACAAGCUGUACAAAAAAGCGAAGGCAAAAGAUCUAAAGAAGGCGGAGAAGUCCGAGAAGAAAGAGAAAAAAGAAAAGGAAAAGAGCCCUGAAAAGAAGAAGAAAGAAAAGUCUGAUAAGAAAAAAGACAAAAAUGCCGUGCAGGAAACUGCUGGCUCCAGUAAAGAUAAAGAUGGCAGCAAAGACGGACAUUAUCAGUCUUCAUACCACCACAAAAGGAAAUUCGAAUCAGAUGAUAAUAGCAAUCAAGAGGUUAAGAAACACAACAGGGACGGCAUUGAAAAAAGAGAGCGACGAGACAAACAUCAAGAUAAAGAACGCAAGAGGAACAGAGAUGAAGUGAGCACGGAGGAGGAAGGCGAUUACAGAUACAACCGGCAUCGAGGUGCUCCAGGUUUCAGGCACGUUGAUAAAAACGAUAGAGACAGAUGGAUGGGCCCGGGAGUGCAUGCGGAUAACGAAAGGUGGCCCAGUGGUGUCAGAGACCGGUUCCAAGGUGAUCAUCCUAAGAGAUCUUUUAACGAUUAUCCUAGGGGAGGCGCACCUGGAUACCAUAGGGAUAGAGAUUAUAAUAGGCCUGAUAAAAGGUCCCCAGAAAAGACUGAUUGGCGUCAAUAUCCGCGAGACAAUCGGGGUAUGCCGCCUCCUGGUAUGGGACCGCGUCCCUUAUUUUACGGAAGUAAUUUCCCUGGUGGGGGCGGUAGCGGGAUCCCACCCCCGCCCUACAUGCAGGAUAACUUGAAUCGAUAUCCUUCGGGCGAGUGGCGGCAAGCCGAAAGAGACUACUACAGAAAUCGUCCUCAGUGAUUUUCGUUCUUAAUUUAUAAUUUUAGCUAGUCUUAAGUUCUUUUUACAAGCUUUUUUUUUUAAAUAAGAGUCGUGCAUGAUAUAUAUUGGGUAACGGGUGAACCCAAACCUGUAAAGUGUAAUAUAAUAAUUUUAUAAAAAGAAGUAGUAUUUUCUGAUUUAAGUUUUUUUGAUAGUUGUCGAAAGCGCUUUUUAUUAGUUUUAUUAUGUUUUAUAUAUGUACAGUUUCGACGGCUGUCAGAUGGAUGAUGCAUUUUGUUCUUUUUAUUUAUAUAUAUAUUUUGUUUCCGAAAUAUAUGUAUUUACAAAACUUUAUAUAUUUCUGGUACAAAUUUGCAAAGGAUGUUAAAAAAUACCUCGUAGCUCUUGUAAAUAACUGUACUAUUAAUUAUUAAACCGUUCUUUGAA